GACAGCCUUCCCAACUUAUGUUGUCCUUAUGCUGUGCGGCGUCUACUGUCCUUUCAGAACAGAGGGCUCUGAUUGGCUGCUAUGCACCAAUCCUUCUGAAAGCCGGGCUGCGAUUGGCUGUGUUGCGGAGAGGAAGGAGGAGGAAGUGGCUGAUGUUGUCCAUGGCGGAAGGUAAGAGGGCUGGAACUCGGGCAUAUGGUGUGAAGUCUUAUGAUGAAACAUGAACAGGUUGGGAAAUAUAGCCUGGAGCCUGACACCCUCUCGGUAAGAGGCAUAGCAGGGCAUCUCUAUGGUCCAACCACCUGUUCAGUAAUGAUCGGAGAGCCUAAUGUAGGGAGCCCAGAUUCCCUCUAUAUAGAGGGCACCAACUAAAUACCCCGAUUCCCUAUAUAGAGGGCACCAACUAAAUACCCCGAUUCCCUAUAGAGAGGGCACCAACUAAAUACCCCGAUUCCCUAUAUAGAGGGCACCAACUAAAUACCCCGAUUCCCUAUAGAGAGGGCACCAACUAAAUACCCCGAUUCCCUAUAGAGAGGGCACCAACUAAAUACCCCGAUUCCCUAUAUAGAGGGCACCAACUAAAUACCCCGAUUCCCUAUAUAUAGAGGGCACCAACUAAAUACCCCGAUUCCCCUAUAUAGAGGGCACCAACUAAAUACCCCGAUUCCCUAUAUAUAGAGGGCACCAACUAAAUACCCCGAUUCCCUAUAGAGAGGGCACCAACUAAAUACCCAGAUUCCCUAUAGAGAGGGCACCAACUAAAUACCCCGAUUCCCCUAUAUAGAGAAGGCACCAACUAAAUACCCCGAUUCCCUAUAGAGAGCACCAACUAAAUACCCCAAUUCCCUAUAGAGAGGGCACCAACUAAAUACCCCGAUUCCCUAUAUAGAGGGCACCAACUAAAUACCCCGAUUCCCUAUAGAGAGGGCACUUAUUAAAUACCCCGAUUCCCUAUAUAGAGGGCACUAAUUAAAUACCCCGAUUCCCUUAUAUAGAGGGCACUAAUUAAAUACCCUGAUUCCCCUAUAUAGAGGGCACUAAUUAAAUACCCCGAUUCCCCUAUAUAGAGGGCACUAAUUAAAUACCCCGAUUCCCUUAUAUAGAGGGCACUAAUUAAAUACCCUGAUUCCCCUAUAUAGAGGGCACUAAUUAAAUACCCCGAUUCCCCUAUAUAGAGGGCACUAAUUAAAUACCCUGAUUCCCUUAUAUAGAGGGCACUAAUUAAAUACCCUGAUUCCCCUAUAUAGAGGGCACUAAUUAAAUACCCCGAUUCCCCUAUAUAGAGGGCACUAAUUAAAUACCCUGAUUCCCCUAUAUAGAGGGCACUAAUUAAAUACCCCGAUUCCCCUAUAUAGAGGGCACUAGAGGGGCACUAAUUAAAUACCCUGAUUCCCCUAUAUAGAGGGCACUAAUUAAAUACCCCGAUUCCCCUAUAUAGAGGGCACUAAUUAAAUACCCUGAUUCCCCUAUAUAGAGGGCACUAAUUAAAUACCCUGAUUCCCCUAUAUAGAGGGCACCAACUAAAUACCCCGGUUCCCUAUAGAGAGGGCACCAACUAAAUACCCCGAUUCCAUAUAGAGAGGGCACCAACUAAAUACCCUGAUUUCCUAUAGAGAGGGCACUAAUUAAAUACCCCGAUUCCCUAUAUAGAAGGCACUAAUUAAAUACCCCGAUUCCCUAUUUGGAGUGAACUAAUUAAAUACCCCAAUUCCCUAUAUUGAGGGCACUAAUUAAAUUCCCCGAUUCCCUAUUUUGAGGGCACUAAUUAAAUACCCAGAUUCUCUAUAUGGAGGGCACUAGUUAAAAACCCAGAUUCUGUAUAUGGCGGGCACCAGUACCCAGAUUCUGUAUAUGGCAGGCACCAGUACCCAGAUUCUCUAUAUGGCGGGCACUAAUUAAAUACCCAGUCUCUCUUUGUAGAGGGCACUAGUUAAUUAAGCAGAUUCUUUAUGUAGAGAGAACUAGUUAAAUACCCAGAUCCGCAGGCUCAUUCUUUAUGAAAACUAGUUCACUGAUCAUUUUUAUUUUAAAUAGAUGUGCUAAUUUUUAAAGGCAAAGCACUGAUAUAUAUAUAUUCUAAUAUAAUUUCCCAAUGUACAGCGCUACGGAAUGUGAUGGCGCUAUAUAAAUAAUAUAGAGAUGGAUGGAUGUAUGUGUAUAUGUGUAUAUAUAUAUAUAUAUAUAUAUAUAUAUAUAUAUAAUACUUUUUAUAUAUGAUUCAUAUAAUAGAAAGAGAGUUCCCUAAUGUCAGGUCCUAAAAGCCAAAAUAACAGAAUUGGAAACAGUUGACUUUGUGAAUUUAUUUUGAAUACAAGAGAAACAAGAAUGUGUUUCAUUCAUUUGCUUUUAGAUGGCACUACCUUGUUACAGAGCAUCUGCAAUCCUCAUAUAUGCCCUAUUUUGGGUUCAUCCGUUUGUGCAAUUGUUUUGGGGAGUUUUGCCUUUAAGCUGGAAGGUUAUACUCGAAACACCAUUUUAUCUUAAUGUCGCUGCGAUCUGGCAAUUUAACACUUUGUCGUUUCAGAAAAACUGUUGUGUUUAUAUUUUAUAUAUACAGCCACUAGAUUAGCAGUAGGCAACAUUUAGCACUCCAGAUGUUGUGGACUAUAUCUCCCAUAAUAUGCAUAACUCACAACAUUUAAAGUGCUGAAGGAUACCUACCCCUGCUCUAGAGGCUCUUCCUAUUUAAGAUCUUUACAUUUGACAUCAUCAUCGUAUUUAGAGUUACUGAAAGGGAAGCAUUCAGUUGGUUGAAUACAGAAAAUUACUUGCAUGCUCUAUUUGCACCCAAUUUCUCUAUAAGAAACAUUGUAUUGGAUCAUCUGUCUGGCUGUUUGUCAGAUUCUGUCCUGGCAUGGGAUUACAGAUGAGUUUUCAUUUUUUUUUUUUUUUUUUUAAAAAGAAGGGACUUGAAAUCUAAACAACAAAAAGAAAAUAUACGCUUUACGUUUGAGAAGCUUGUUGUUCCAAAAUUCUGUUAGUCCAAUAAAAAGUUGCAAGCUAUUAAUUUCAUCGGUUAUAAAUACUCUAUGUAUGUGUGUGUGUGUGUGUGUGUAUAUAUAUAUAUAUAUAUGAAUAGACCGACUUUCAGAUGAUUUUGACAUUUAUUAUGGCUGAUAUUCUGCAUUUUAUGAUAAUCCAUAUCAGUCUUGUAAUUUACCAGUAUUAAGAUAACUCACCUCUUCCAAUCACCACACGUAGUCUUCAGCAUCCGGAAAAACUCCAGCCGCCAGUCAGUGAGGCGCCACUUUGUGACCUCAUGUCUUGUGCAGCUUAGCUGAAAGCAGCGAGAUCUGGCAGUGAAUAAUCUACCGUUAAAAACUGGGCUGAAAGUGAUAGGAGUCUGAUCGCGGUGAGCACACUCCUAUCAGUAACCGUACUGGACAUGCUAGGAUCUCCAUGAUCCCAGCACAGGCUGCAUGAUAGUGAUAUGGGUGUGUUUGCUGCCAGCAUGUUCAGUUAAUGCCAGAUUUAUGUAGAAAUUGUGUAGCUUUUUCAAAACUUUAAAUGUACAGAAUAUCAGCACUGGUUAUUGAAGCGCAAGGUUUAUUACUGUGUUCUUGUUUGAAUAACUGACCAUUCCCACAGUAUUAAAUAACCCUGUAUGGUGUAAUUGUGUGGAAGCAUGUCCUAGAUGGUGUGUAUGUGUUUUCCCCUUAUCUGGAUACGUGGAAUACGAAACAUAGUUAAGGUGGAGUAAGAUGUGACUUUUUUUUCCCAUAUGUAGAUUAAGUCAUGGAAGAGUUGAACAUGGAUGACUUGAAUCUUCAUUACCGAUUUUUAAAUUGGAGAAGACGUAUUCGUGAGAUCCGUGAGGUGCGAGCAGUACGAUAUCAGGAGAGAGCCAAACACAUUGUCGUAGACGGGGAUACUCUAAGGUGGGGAGAAGCCAUGUUCCGUUAACACUGCUGUCAUCUAAAUUGUAUUACAUUUUUGUUGGUUAUCUGCUGCUAAAAAAAAAAGGUUCAAGGGAGUAAGUAGUAAAGUACCACAGUUUAAUUUGUUAUUCUUAUGUGGAGAUUGGAUUGGCCUUCCAAAUAUCCUAAUUUAGAAAGGCUUCACUUCAUAUCUUUCUUCAUUAAUAAACUAUUGGCAAGCAACACUUCUAUGAAAUAUUUUGUUGUUGGCUGUGUUUGUUUUCCAUAUUUCCUUGUUAUUUACUGAAUCUUUAUUUAAUAAUGAGUAACAUUGUAAAAUAUGUAGAAAAUUCAUAGGUAAACCAUGUGCUGACCUUUACCAAGUACGUAUGUGACUAAUUUUUCAAACAAUUAUGUUUCAAUGUUGUGAUGACUGUAUUUGUAUUUUACAGUCUCAAAGUAAACCAGGAGUUAGUCAUCAUGAGCAAUAAAGUAGGUUAGGCAAAUAAAUCAAAAUGGAGCUUCUGAAAAAGCAUUGUGGAUAGCUUAUGUGUUUUUCUUUUUAUUGCCACUGAAUUAUUCAAACAUAAGAUUUUUUUUUUUUUUUUUUUUGUGUCGAAGCUGUGGCCUAUCUUGAUUAGGAAUCACAAUUAAUUUUCCUAGCACUUGACCUAAAGUUCUGUAACAAACUGGAACAAUAUUGAACUUGGUAGAUUUCUUAGAAAUCUUUGUAGCAACUGCAUUCUUUGUUAAAUUCAUUUCCCUACAGUCAAGGGGGGUAAUAACACAGCGUGUUUUUUUUUGUUUUUUUUAUUAUAUAUAAAAUGUAUACUUUAUGUGGCUAUGUGUUCGUGCAAUCUAUUCUUCCAUGAUCAUAAUCUGAGUUUUCUGGGUUAUAUUUUCUUCUGAUUUGGUUUUAAAUGUUGCUGAGUGUGGAAUAUCUUUCUCUCUUCUUUUUUUUUUUUUUUUUUUUCCUUUUUUUUUUUUCCUUUUCUUUUUUUUUUUCUCCUCUUUCCUAGCUAUGUAUAAACAUAUUUUUCUUGGUUUUGUGGUGUGUGUGUGUGUUUUUUUUUUUGUUUUUUUUUUUCUUUAUUUUUUUUCUUGUACAGUACUGUUGGAGAUACCCCCUGUGUAAGUAUGUAAACAAAGUGACUUAAAGGACCACUAUAGUGCCAGGAAAACAAACUCCUUUUCCUGGCACUAUAUUGUCUUCGGGUCCCUCCCACCCUCAGGGUCCCCCUCCCACCUGGCUGAAGCCACUAGAGGCUGGAUAAACCCUAAUGUAAACAUAGCAGUUUCUCUGAAACUGCUAUGUUUACAGCUGCAGGGUUAACCCUAGAGGGACCUGGCACUCAGACCACUUCAUUGAGCCAAAGUGGUCUGGGUGCCUAUUGUGGUCCUUUAACUCUUAAAUAACCAAGCAUUGGGCAGUGAGACUGCAGGGGUUUUAUCUAUACACCAAAACUGUUUCAUUAUGCUAAAGUUGUUUUGGUGACUAUAGUUUCCCUUUUCUUUUUGUGCUUAAUAAAGUUGUUUGUAUUUAACAAGCUAAAGUUUUAGCCAAUACAAGCGGGGCGGAUAAUAAAAUAAAAUUAGUCAAUCAUAUUUUGUAUUUGGAAGAAGUAAUUUAUCCUUGCUUAUUACCAGGGCUUAACUUUUAAAGUCCCUAAAUGUUGCUCUCAUUCGAUUACAGACUCACUAGGGGUGAAUUUCUACUUGGCAUGGCUACAUUUUUACUCGCCAAUGGCUAGUGGCAAGCUGAAAUUUUGAGCACUGCAGUUUACUAUAUUUUAUGAAGAAGGCACACCUAGACAUCUUUUUAGAGCAAGCUGUUUGUCAAAUGAGCAGUUUUUUAAUUGUUUGAACUAUGGUAACAUCCAGAUAAACCAAUGGGCGCAGCUACAAAAGAUAAUGAAGUGGUGUGUACUAAGGUUUCAUAACACAGGCAGCAUGCAAUUAAAUGUCAUUAUUAUAAAAAUAAUAGUUUGCACGCCUUGUGGGGUAUACAAACCUGUAAACUCGUUCUGUUUCUAUCCACAUUAGGUUGCAUUUUGAACUGUAUGUAAAAAUCACACAAUGUGUGUUCAUUUCCCUCCUAUGACAAGAAGGUUUUUUUAUUCCUAGUCUUUACCUAAUUUUAAUUUCGGUCUACACCAAUUAAAGAAUUGCGUACAGUCUUACUAUUCUGUUUAUUGGGUGCUAUGUAAGGGCAGGAGCAUUUGUAUUUGGUAUCCUGUUCUAUUUCAAGGCAACUCAAUACCUCUUUUAAAACACAAAGAAAAACAAUUACUGUAAUGGUAUGUGGGUUUUUUCAUGAGAAUUUUUUAUUUUUAUUAUUUAUUUAUAAAAUUUUGCAUCUGAGAGAAAAUCCAUACUGCUUUCGAAGUGAUAUGUCAUCUCAGCUUGUCAAACAGGCUUCUAAGUAAUAGGCAUGGAUUGAGUUGCUCUUGGGUUAAUUGCUGAUCUCUUGUGAGUUUGUUACAUGUAAGCGUGACCACUUGCUAACACUUUAGAGCCGGUUUUCUCAUUGUCACUUUUUUAAUAAUUCCCAGUAUUUCAAAAUUCUUAGAUUAUGCUUUAGCUCCCCAGCUAACCAUUUCAGAUGCUGCCAAAUGGCACCUAUACAAAUGUCAUUUUAACGGCUCCUGGAGUCUUUGUUUUGUUUGUGAGUUCUUCUCCCUCAAUAUAACAAUGAUGUGUUUUAGUUAUGAUAUGAUAUGAUAUUAAAAAUAAAUAUUAUUAACUGCAGCUGUGAUGAGCAUUAGUAUGAUUACAUACAUGUAAAAAUUAAUUUGAAAGUCCUAGUGGCAGGAAAAGGGAAACCCAUAGCAUUUAUUAAUUUAUCUGAACCACGCUUUGAAACUGGUAAAUGUGGGGGAAAAAAAAUAUAAAUAUAAAUAUAUAUAUAUAUUUUAUAGCAUUAUUAGAGAUGCCUGUUAUGCAGUGUAGAUACCCCACUCCCUCUAGCAUGUAAGCUCAUUGAGCAGGGUCCUCAACCCCUCUGUUCCUGUGCGUCCAUUUGUCUGGUUACAAUUACGUGUCUGUUAGUCCACCCAUUGUACAGUAGUACGGAAUUUGCUGGUGCUAUAUAAAUAAUAAAAUAAUUCUAAUAGAUGCAUGAGUUGGAAAAAUAUUUGCAGUUCUCCUAACUUGACCCACACAAUAUACAAAAAUCUGUGUUAACAUGAUGUUAAAGAUGUAGGUAGGUACACAUCACUUGCAUAAUGUGAAAUACGCUCAUUUUUUAAAUAAUCUGUUUCUAUUUUACACUCUCCUCAGCUACCACGGGAAUUCCGGAGAAGUUGGUUGCUACGUUGCUCCGCGACCACUAAGCAAAGACAAUAACUACUUUGAGGUGAGCCUUUCUAUGGCACAACGUCUACUAAUCUUAGUAAUUAUUUUAUCAUGAAUUUUCUAAUAAAGGGAACUUUUCUCUUGAGCUUGUUUUGUUUUUUUCCCACCACCUUCACCCUGAUUUCUUGGCAAUUUGAUUAAUAUUACUUCUCUAAUAAAUGUAUUGUAAUGCAUGUGUAAGUAUGGGAAGACAUAGACCUCUGGAAGAUCGGUUUCAUGGUUAAUACGAUUGGGAGAUUCUUGUGCAUGUAACCUUCAUUUAUCUAAUUCCAAUGUGCACCACUUGAGACAAACCUGGUGAUACGGAUAUUGGCAGGUUUACAAUCUUGAAAAGAUUGCUAAACGUCAAUAGCCUUUGGAAAAGUCAUACAUAUCACAAAAAAUAUCAUAAGUAUAAGUAAAUAAAGUACUAAUAGGAAUAAUACGCUUAUCUAGAGAGUUCAUAGUUAUUAAAAUAUUCACAGAUAAUAGGUCAACUAGUAAAUUCACCAUGUUACACUGCUAACUGAUAUUCUUUUUACUCAAAGUUUAACAGAUGAAAAUACAGUAUUGCUAUUGGUUCAGUAGAAGAAAAUACAGAAUGGCUAUUGAUUCAGUUGCUUGAAGGAUUAUUCCAACCCAUUAUUUUUUUUCCUUCACUGAAUAAUGCCCUAUUGAGCAUUAUUCUUUAGGCUCCCACUCCAAACACAGCUUGGAAAAAAAAUAAUUUAUAUAUAUAUAUAUAUAUAUAUAUAUAUAUAUAUAUAUAUAUAUAUAUAUAUAUAUAUAUAUAUAUAUGAUUAACUUCCCUCAAUCCAGAGGAGACCCAGGCAAAGUGAUUUGACCAUUUAGGGCGGGAGAAAAAAAAAUUAGCAGGUGGAAUAGUAGGGAGGGAGGGUAGACACAAGCCGCCCUUUGCCUGCUCUGCCUGGAAAGGGAGACGCGUAGAACAUAUGUUACCAGCCUGCAUAGAUUUUACAUUCGGCAACCUGGAACACAGUUCACAUUGCAACUAGCUCCCGGCACACAACUUCAAAUAACUGUAGAUGUUAAGCCUUUCAAGCUGAAACACUGCACAUUCAGACUUCUUCCACCAUUACGUCUUCUAAAAGCAGAAGUGGUCAUAGUGGUUGGAGUUACCCUUUAAAUUUCACCAUUGUUCUGACUAGAAGUGUUUAAAGCAUUAUUAUUAAACUUUAGUGAUGUUUCAGAAUGGAUCCGUUGUGAUAUACAUUGUUCUGUGUUUGCUGAAGUAUUUUGAAGUUAUAUAAUCAGGUGAUACCUGCAAUUGUUAAUAGAUUUAAUUCUGUAGGCUUUUGUUGGAGAGGUGUGUAAAUUAAAAAAAAAAAAAAAACAUUUUUUUUAAUCUUUCACUAUUGUUACAGGUGUCUAUUGUGGACCGUGGUGUUCGUGGAACAAUUGCUGUGGGCUUAGUGCCUCAGUAUUACAGUCUGGAUCAUCAACCUGGAUGGCUGCCCGACUCCGUCGCUUACCAUGCGGAUGACGGCAAGUAAGUAUCAGACUGUAGCGUUGCAUCUCAGUUGUUUUGGUCUGUCUGUGUAACAAUUCUCUGCUCAAGAGUACUAUGUGAAUGCAAACAGAUGAGACAAAGCAUAAUCAAGGUCGUGUGUAGUGUCCGUAUAAUUAGUGUGUUCACACUGCAUGAUUAGUCCGGUAUUAAAAUAAUCCACAACUUGAAUCCCUGCUUAUGGAGCAUUUUUCCCUUUCCAGUCUAAGGUGACUCUGUCAUCAGAAAUUGGAUUUCGAUCAGCUUUAUUAGAUCUAUAUUAUUGACAUUGAUAUUUACCUAUCCAAUCUAUAGUAAAUGUAACUUUCAUCUUUUUAUAUUGGCGUCAUAUUGUACAUAUGAAUUCAGCUUGAUAAAUUUAGUUUAGAAUGUUCUACAAACUGAAAUAUAUUGCCAAUAGAAAAUUGCACACUUAACACUGACACAUCCUUAUUCUACGUGAAAUACCCCUGCAGUAAAAUAAAUACAUGCAGUGAUUCAUGCAACCCUAUUAACUAAAAGUGAGUUGGGGAGGACUCAUCUGUCUUUUUUCCACUUCAAGUGGGAUAUCUUAAAUUAAAGGAUACCGAGGAUUUCCAAAAUGUCUUUCCUGCGUCUUCAAAUACCCACAGUCUAUUACUAUAUUCCGUGGUUGAAGAUCUUGGCUUUGAUCAUCAACAACCAAAUAAAUGGCGUUCAAAACACAAUCCAAUAUAAAAAUGCGUUGUACAAAAAUCCAACCCAACACCUGCACAAAAUAUGCUGGCAAUUGUUAGUUUGUUAGGAGUGCAUGAUUGUGUUUGGAUGUUCUGCAGAUAUAUUUAUUUAUUUUUUCCACUUAACAAUUUUUAUUAGGGUCGCAUAUGUAGAUAGCAUAUGGAUUGUGGGAAUAUUUCAGGAGAUGCUCGUGGCUUUUAAAAUCCCUGGUUGGGGGAGGACAGGAAUGCACACUCUCUGUACUCUGGGUUAUGGAAGGGACUCUGGAAUGGGGUGUGUCUGAGUAAAAGCUUCUGAUUGGCUGUUGACAGUGCAGUAUAUAGGCAGCAUUUUCUUUAGAUUUAUGAUCAGUUAUCUUAAAAAGCCUCACAUAUUUAUGGGUUUGCUGACUGCAAGUAACUUCAAGAGAAAGUUCUUUUUUUUUUUUUUUCACUCGUUUUAUGAGAGUGUUUAAUGUGCAAUCUGAUUUCCUAUUUUAUUGGUGUUAUUUUUGUACCUUUUCUUUACUGCUGGGAUCAAGUCGGCUGACUAUAUGAGCGUUUUAAUUAUUUAUUUAUUUUUGUCCCAUUCGACCUUCUCUUGGGGAAUGAAUUGAUGUCUAAAUCUGCUCCAUAUCCUCUGCCAUAAUAUAGUUUAUUAUUAUUAUUAUUAUUAUUAUUAUUAUUAUUUAUACAGCGCUAAAGAGAAUUGUUUAUUUUAACCCCUCUUUAAUUUUAAGGAGAAAUUAUCCUGCUCAGAUAUCUAUUCGAUUGGGAAGUAGAAUAGUGCUAAUAACGUAAACACUUUUAGAAAAGAAGAAAAUUUUUUUAGAGACAAUUUCUACAUAUAUAAAAUAUAUAUCUAUAUAUUUGUGGGUUGUUUUUUUUUAAAGUUCAUUUUCUAGGUGAGCAGGGAACAAAGUAAAUGAGGAGAGCAGACACAAAAUACGAUUUUAUUAAUGAAAAAUAUUAGCCGCUGUUUAAAGGGGUACCAUACCCCAAGCUUUCUGUUUCUCUUUCUUUGGAAGUGGUUUGACAAAGUUAGGCACUGCACAGCAUCCAUACAUCGUCUUCACUCCAGCUGCCUUGAACAUUUAGCAUUUAAACUUCUGCAAUAUCGAUAUCCAUUCUGUCAAUCAUUAAAGGCAGGAUGUAUGACCGGAAUGGUUUCUCUUUCAGGCUGUACAAUGGACGAGCAAAGGGACGACAGUUUGGAACAAAGUGUAACUCAGGAGACCGUAUUGGUUGUGGCAUUGAACCCAGUUCAUUUCAUGUACAGACUGCUCAGAUUUUUUUCACCAAAAAUGGAAAGCGGGUACAAAACACUUUUUAAAACAUACUGGCUAAUCUUACCCUUUCCAAUUUACCCUUUCCCAUAAGUGACCAUCACUCAGUCACACACCAGUUUCAAUGUAGUGCUUCCACAUUGCAAUGUGUACCUUUGUCUCUCAUUGCAGGUUGGUAGCACUGUGAUGCCAUUGUCUCCUGAUGGUCUUUUCCCAGCAGUUGGAAUGCACUCACUUGGGGAAGAAGUGCGCCUUCAUUUAAAUGCUGAACUUGGUAGUGAGGACGAUGACAGUAUAAUGAUGGUGGACAGCUAUGAGGAUGAAUGGGGAAGGCUACAUGAUGUCAGAGUUUGUGGCACGGUAAGGUGAUGGAGGCCAUAUGUAAAGUGGUUAUAUGCUUAAAAUUUUUUUAUUUUUUUUAUUUUUUUUUAAACCAAUGGUCCUUUACAGGUAUGUUAUGCUAGCUAACGAGACACUCUAUGCACCAAAACAACUUUAGCGUAAAAAAAAACCAAAACAAACACUGGGCACCAUACCAGUUUGAUCUCAAUGAACAUGUUAUAUAGUGCCUGGAGGUCCUAUCUUAUAUUAAGGUAUUAAAUCAUUUAUAAACCGUUUUACUCCCAAAGUUGUGAAGACAAUGCUUGUUUGCUUAUCCUCAUUAUUAUUAUCGCCAUUUAUAUAGAGCCAGCAGAUUCUGUAACGCUUUACAAUAUUAUUAGAGGGGGGGGGAGAGUUUAACUAUAAAUAGGACAGUUACAAGAAAAAGUACCGGAACAAUAGGUUGAAGAUGGCAUUUAGUGAGGAAGCCUCUGACUAGGCAUAGCUGAGAGCAUCAGUCUCUUACCCCAUCACUAGCUCCUCAUUCACAAAACGGUGAGAAAGUUAUAUACAGCUAAGGCUCUGUCUAUCGGGGCACCUCGUCUGAGACUUCCUCAUUGAAUCCUCGGACCAUUAGUGAAAGCCAGGAGGAUAAGCAAACAGGUGCCAUCUUUACAACCUUGGCAAUGAAACAUUCAUAAAUAAUUAAGGUAAGAUGAUGCACGGGACUUACUGGCUCUGUAACAACUCUAUUGAGAUGAAAAUUCUGGUACACCGUCUGUUUAUUGAAUUGGUUUCGGUGUAUAGAUCAUUCUCCUGCAUUUCUUUGCUCUAUUCUGACAUUUAGAAGUAAUAUCCGUUUAUUUAUGUAGCUCUAUCCACACCUGACUAAGACUCACACAAACUCCCUUCGCACUUCCUAACAAAAUGUAAAGCGCUGCGGAAUAAGAUGCCGCUGUAUAAAUGCCAAUAAUCAUAAUAAGUGUCUACAGUUUGGUUUUAUUAGUGUCCCGUUAUUGCACAGUGUGUCGAUUUUUAGAUAAGACAUUCUAGAUUAAACACACUAUGCUGAUCUGCUUUAAAAUGGCACAAUUUCCCCUUCCCCCCCACACACACAUUGAUUAUGUGAGUCUAAACCAGUUGAAGUGUGGGUAGGGCUUUAUAAACAGAAACAAAGGUUAUUUAAAGUGACACUCCACUGCCCAAAUAAAACAAAAUCAUUGUCAAAUGCAUACAUACGUACAAUGAAAACAUGCAUUUAGUUAUGCAAUUUUUAUUGGGGGUAUAUUUUUUAAACUGCUUGCAAACUGUAGAUCUCUUGUCUAAAACCCUUACGACCCGUCUCAUUCUAACCUAGCAGGCACUGUGGGAUUGCAGAGGCAUGAUCUGCUUCAUUAAGCUAAAGUUGUUUUAGUGCCCAGCGUGUCCUUUUUAUAUUGUAUACAUUCAGUGGCCUUUUUAUUAGUUAUGCCUUUUCUAACAGCUUGACAGUAAAUUAUGUGUCUGCAACACAAUAUAUAAAGUUACAGCAAAAUAAUGGCUAAACUUUACAAUGCUCAAGGAGAUUGACUUAAGUACCUGCCCAUGGUGUGAUUUGAUGUUGGAUAGUGUCGUUUCCCGUAUGUAAAAAAAAAAAAAAAAAUUGUGUAAUUAGUCUCUUUCGAUAAACAAAAAUGUGUUUGUUCAUUUGGUGUUAAAGCUUUGUUAAAGGACCACUAUAGUGCCAGGAAAACAUACUCGUUUUCCUGGCACUAUAGUGCCCUGAGGGUGCACCCACACUCAGGGUCCCCCUCCCGCCCGGCUCUGGAAAGGGGUUUAAACUUACCUUUUUCCAGCGCUGGGCGGAGAGCUCUUCUCCUUCUCUCCUCCUCCGUUCCACCCCGUCGGCUGAAUGCACACGCGCGGCAAGCGCUGCGCGCACAUUCAGCCGGUCGCAUAGGAAAGCAUUUACAAUGCUUUCCUAUGGACACUGGCGUCUUCUCACUGUGAAAAAAAAUCACAGUGAGAAGUGCGGAAGCACCUCUAGCGGCUGUCAAUGAGAUUAACCGUAUUAUAAACAUAGCAGUUUCAUUUAUAGAAAAAAGGGUUAAACCUAGCUGGACCAGGCACCCAGACGACUUCAUUAAGCUGAAGUGGUCUGGGUUCCUAGAGUGGUCCUUUAAUGAAAGUGGCAAGUCUUGUAUAAGCUAAGAGGCGACAUAUAGUCUAUAUUCAGGUAUACAAUCAGAGCACAUUGUGUAUGUAACCUGUCCGUGAAUGGUCUACAACAAUGCUGGGUUCUACUCCUUUAUGCUAAAAACAGGAAGAUUAUGAUUCCACAAACUUGUAGACUAGAACCUUCUUCCAUAAAGCACAUGUUGUUAUUUCAAGCUGAUUCCAGGAAUAUUUGUUUCCUUCAGUGCCCUGCAUAGUCCCCAGCCCCAGAUUCCAGUCUUUUGGAGUUUGGCUGAACAUGAGCAGCAUGAAUAUGUGGCUGUCUAUAGGAACGGCUAUAUUGAGUGAGCAUGGAACAAAAUCUUCAAGGAACAUUCAUAGAACCUUGUAAAACUCACACAAUCCAGGCUGUUCUGAUUGGUGUGACUAAUACUGCAAUCGCUGAAUGCUACAUUCUACCACACUGUGCAUUGCUAUGUGCAAAGAGCAACGUGCUUGCCGAAUGCUUGGCCUGUGCUGGUGUACAUAGGAUUCUGCAUUGUGUGAGCAGUGGUUUAAAGACCACGAACAAACUUUCCUUGUAUAAAAUAGUUUAUUUUAAAAAGUACAAGAAUUAUUAAAUGUUAGCUGAUUAAUCAAUUCUAUUUCACACAUGGCGUUGACCUGUUCACAUCUUAACAACUCCCAUUUUGUUUCUGCGUUUAUUAACAAAUGUACAUGGACAUUAUAUUUGGUCAUUAAUGUCCACAGACUUAGAUCUGCAAAUUAAUCUGUGUUGUCCUUAUGGGUUGCACAUUAGACUCUCCCUUGCUGUAGGCUUGUUGGGUGUAACCAGGUGUCCAAAACCUGGGAGGGUUUAGGAGUGGCUCCUAGGUAUAUGCAUAACACCCCUUGUACUUGUAGCUCACCGUGCAUUUAUCAUAUUUUUAUCACUAUUCAUGUAUCUGAUCUUUCUGUUUAGCUCCUGGAGUAUGUUGGGAAGGGUAAAAGUAUAAUAGAUGUUGGCCUAGCCCAGGCUCGUCGCUCUCUAAGUACACGCAGUCACUACUUUGAAGUUGAAAUUGUGGAUCCCGGGGAGAAAUGUUAUAUUGCUUUGGGCCUUGCACGAAAGGUAAGAUUCCUAAUGGACGAGGACCACAUUGCUUCAUGUUUGCAGUGCCUAUGUGAUCAUUGUUCGAUGAAAUGUUUAUUCGUACCAUGACUAGUGGACAAAACCCAAAAUAAAUUCAGUAUUUCAUUUUAAGGUAUUUGAAGUAUUGGAAGAAAUGACUCCCAGGGAAAUUAUAAGCCAUCUUAUGUGAAUUCAAUAUAAAUCAACAUUUCUGUUUUUUCAUGUAGAGCUAAAGGGGAAAAAAAAAAAGACUAGUUUCGAUAAAUGAUAGGAAGAGAUGCACCAUUGCUUAGUGAUGUCAUACAAUGACUGGCUAAAUGCCUACCCGUUUUCUAACUUCUUUUAACUAAUAAUAAAUGUGUAUUUAUCCAUUGAUGAAGGUGUGUAUAUGGAGGUUUAGAUAGAAGUCUGGAAAUAAUGCAAUAAGUGUAGCAUUGUUAUCAGAGCAGGUCAUAUACCCAUUUAAUAUGUGGGGGGGGGAAAUUAUGAUGGCAGGGAUUAGAGAAGCUAUUAUUUAUUUAUAAAGCUUCAACAAAUUCCGCAGUGCUGUAUAAUAGGUGGGCUAACAAGUAGUUGCAAGGAGACAAUCUCAACAUACAGGAACAGAAUGUGCUGAGGGCCCUGCUCAGAUGAGUUUACAUUCUAAUCAGUUUAGCGAUUCUGCCAAUUUUCUCACCUUCUACCAUUUAUUUAUUUUUCCAACAUUAUCUGUAUGUAUGUCUUAACCAUUCAUUGCUUCCAUAGCUGUGUAGACCUCACUAGCUACAGUGGCAAAGUAUUCAAGACUUACAAACUUUUUUGGACCAAAGCACACAUACUAACUGAUAAAUAACAUUUAUUUUUAGGUUUAAGUAAUCCUUCUCCUUACAUCACCAAUUGCAUAUGUUCCUCUAAAGAAUUCUUCUUAACCCUCAUUCUUAAAGUUUAAUCAAGUUUGUGUGACAAACGCCACUUUCCACAGACGUUUGCAACGGACUCCUGGAGGAGUGUGGAAGCCGGCCUCCUAUACACAGACUAUGGGCCAGGUCAGCGACUGUAAAGACCCAUAUUUUAGUUCCCCUGGUUCAGCACUUUCCAUUCGUGCGCAUAGAACCGAACACUCACUCCCUGGCGGCCGAUCGAAUAGACUUCCCUUAGCCGCAAAUGCCUUGGAACUAUUUUUGUCAUGAAGACUUCGCGGGUCGCGAUCAGUCCCCAGCGGCACUUAGCCGCGAUUCUAUGGAACUAUUUUCGGGUUGGGAACCAUGUGGUUACCGGUCAAUUUGGUCCUGCGUUUUGGACCACUUUGAAAAUGGCCAGGAGAGCCCUUUUCGGAGGGAUGGUGCCGAGACUAAGGGGAACAAACCCUGCUUGCGAUGCAGGCGGAACAUCCUGUAGUUCCUCCUCUGGAGCCCCAAAAAGUUGACUGGGAAAAGCACCAAAUGCUCAGGAAUGGUUUUGGGCAUAGGACCACGUGUGCGGCCGGUCAGAACAUUGAAGCGGCACGGUCAUGCAGAACUUACCUUUCCCCAAUCGAUUCCUCUUCUCUCCCUCUGUCAGGAUCUGUUCUUCAUUUCUUCCUGUCUGAUCUAGAAAGGCCUAUUUGUCUAAUGGAGGUUUCCUACACCUGACUGGCAAUGAGCAGAGGAGCAAAGUUUGCUUAAUUUACGGUGGUCAGAGCAAUUUUCCCACAAUUCUUACUGUUCCCGUGAAGCCUCCUUUCACUUUUCCCGAACAUGCUGUCAAUUUAGACAGAACGUCGGAGAAACUACCGAAUUGCGUCCUAACAGAAUCAGAACAGUUUCUCCAUUCGUUUUAGGACGCAAUACGGGACUUUGUUUGUAUCGGAAUUUUAAUUCGAAUGAAUGAAACUCCGAUCCUAGUCGUGCCGCGGCUGCAUCUUGCAGCUGCUUAGUAGAUAGCUCCCUGAUAGCGUGGGAAUUAGGGAGCUAUAUACCAAAAGGCUGAAAGACCUAAAUUGGUCUUUCAGCCAAAAUUUACUAAUACUAAGUAAAGAUUACUUAGUAUUGGUAAAUUCGGCCCCUACUCGCUUUGCCGUGAGUAGGGGCAUGUCUACUAAACAUGUCUACUCCCCCAGCCCCCACUCUUGAGCGAUUGGGGGGGGGGGCCCCUAAAUUACAAUAAGGGGGGGACACCUAUUUUCCAACCACCAGAAAUGAAGCACAUUUUACUCCUCCGCUGGUCAGUGAUGGUCAGGCGUAGGAAACCUCCAUAAGACAAAUAGUCCUUACUUGUUUUAUUAUUUUAAAGAAAACUAGAGCAGACCAGAAGAAAUGAAGAACAGAUCCUGACAGAGGGAGAGAAGAGGAAUCGUUUGGAGAAAGGUAACACAUCUCAGAAAUACUAAAGCUCUUUGCGAACCAUUGGAAAGCUGCAAAUGGGUGUAAGCUCGCGACUCCAGCACAGAGACGUCAGUGAGAAGCCUCUGAUGUAUUCCCAGGCUGGGGAAAGAGGGCAGGGUUUUUUUUUUUUUGUAGAUCGCGUGUCUGCAGCAUAUACAAGCUGUGUGUUGUUGGUAUUUUUUUUUUUUUUUUUCUUCCACAAGAAAUCCUCCAUAUUUUCUUUGUGGGUAUAUCUACUAAACCAGAGGUAGGCAACCUUUGGCACUCCAGAUUAUGUGGACUACAUAUCCCUUAAUGCUCUUGCAACCAUAAAGAUGGCAAAAUAUCAGGAGUGCAGAACGUUGCCUACCUCUGUUCAAAACUGUAACUGUGAAGUAUGCCUUUUACGUUCCCUUGAUGGGUCAUUUUACAUUCUUCUGGCUUUAGGUAAUUCUAAUUAUGACUACAUUCAGAGACGUUCUCUAAAUAGUUACUAGUUUUAUUUAUCGUUCUGAGUGAUUGUAUUGAAGAAUGCAGCCUUAUAUCUGAAUACUUUGAUAUCAGCAUAUUUAUACAGAAUGUCCAUAUUAUAAUGGGCUAUUAGACUAGAAAGGGUGAAUGUACUCUGGUCCUUCAGCAUAGAAUGACAUUAGCACAAAUCUAGUAUUCCAGUAUGGAAGCAAUUAAUAUUGGCUGCACACCCAAAGCAGCAUUACAAAGACUGCUCUGUUAUGUGCUAAUCCAGUCUAGCAUUCCUGGGAGUGUGACUUUUAUUAGUCAUGUCGCACCUAUGAUGCAGUUACAUUGAUGUCACUAGUGGCAGUGUAUAUAUGGGGUGCAGCUUUGGGGAAGUGGGGAGGUUAAUUCAGCCAUGAUCAAAGUAGAACAAGUUUGGGCUGCCCAGAUUCUGUCCUCAAAAGAUUUAAAAAAAAAAAAACAAACAGAUUUUUACCAUAUUGAUUAGCAACAUCCGCUUUAUUUAAAAAAAAAAUAUAUAUAAAACAUUUUUUAUUAACUUAGGCAAAGCACAAUCUAUGAAUAAUUAUAUAUAACAUCUCCUUUUCUGCCUAACAUAACAAUAACAAAAACUUCAGUUUGGACAAACCUUACCUUGGGAAAUAUAAGUAAACAUUAAUAUUUCUGAGAAUUAUGUUUCCAUAAUGUAUACAGCUUGGCUAUCUUUGCCUAAAAUUAGCAUUUGACUGGGUGGCCAUCAUCUUGGUUUAUUUUGAAUAAAGCAUCAGCAGGAAAAAUAAUGAGGAGUUGGCCACUAACUGGAAUUUGUGUAGCAUAAUAUCAAAGGGAAUUGAUCAUUCUAUUAUUCAGGGAAAAUGUAUCAGUGUUUGACCCUGCAACUGUAAUAAUGUCAUUACCUGUUGUAAUGUUGUUUUUAUUUUAUUUUUUUUAAAUUUUUUUUCUUCUGCUUGCUUUCAGGAUUAUCCCAAAAACAGACACCCAGGCUGGAGUCGUGGAUCAGUCGCAUACCAUGCAGGUAUGGGGAAUUUAUGUGGUGGCAAUCCUGAGCAUUCCAUAAUAGAUCUUGGAUAUUUGUGUGUUCAGUGGUGCCUGCUGUAGAAACACAGGGACAGAGUUCUAUUUCAGUAUUUUGUUUUGGUUUGUUUAAAACUUACUGUAUAUUUAUGCUAAUAAUUGACAUAACCAUUGCUAGCCGUGGGUAAUUAAAGGAACACUAUAUCCUUAGGAAUACAAACUUGUCUUCCUAAUGCUUUAGUGUUACCCUACCUGCCAAGUUGUCACCUUUUAAAAUUGAACUUUACUUCCUCUAUGCGGUCACCCCACCUCUGUAUUAGGAUUGAUGAUAGGGAAGCAUUGGGAAGCUAGAGCUUAUAUUCGCAAAAUGCUGCACUGCAGCAAUCAAAUGCUCUCUAUCAGCAGCAUUAGUCUAACUCCCUUAUUGAGCAGAAGUGCCUGUGAGAUGAAGUGGGCACGGUGCCUUUAGUGAUCCUUUUUAAUGGGGCUCCAUGAGUUGUAAAAAUAAAAAGUUCAUGUUGAAACAUAUAUCGUGUACGUAUAUCUCUAGCACAUUCCCAAGCGAAACAAUAAAACUGCAUACAGCGCUGAAUAAUGUCAAGUCCUUCCAGCCAGCCCUACAUGUCAUCUGCCACUGCACUAAUAUGGCCUCAGGGAACAGACCGGGUAGGAGCAUGCACCGCCACGUUGACAUCAAAAUGACUUGUGCAGUAUCUAUUUUUAGUGAGUGGGCGCACACUGGGGUUAAUGGAUACAUCUUGUGCGCUUUAUAUUUUAUUCUCUACUGCUAUAGCAGUGGCACAAUAUCAAAGGCUAAGGAAGUCCGAAUAAAUAAAUGAGUAACUUUUCUGCUAUACAUUUACAAGCAAUUUUGCUAGCUAGAAAAAGUGGUAACGGUGUAAUUCAUAUAUUUAAAAGUUAUUCGGUCAAGUUGGGGUUCACGCCAUUAUUCAGUUUGCUGUGACCAGUGUGGAAAGGGAUGAUCUGUUAACGUGUAUGAGAAAUGUGCAUACUGUAUGUUAUUCAAAGUGCUUCCUGCCAGGUGCCUGAUUUGAUGACGGAUGGAGGCUGAUGGGCAGAUUUGAAAUCUCUGUCGAGCUUAACACUUACCGGGUUACUUUCUAAAACGAGAAUUCAAGGUGAAUUUCAAAAUCAAGGUCAAAAUAGUCAAACUGUAAAAAUUCUCCAAGUCAGCUGUACCUUCAGUUCUGGACUUUAAUUUAAAAUUCACUUUGAAUUCUCACUUUUGUAAAAAAAAAAAAAAAAACAGGUUAAACUGCCAGUGCCCUGUUGUGAUAUUUAGUGCCAGUACUGAUCACCAGGGAAAUCAGCUGUGCAGUCAGUGUUAUAAGUGUUCAAACUGCACUGAGACUCCUCACAAGCAGUGGUUGGUCCAUGUCACACUCACCAUUUGCUGUUGUGUUAGUGGAUAUUUUUGAGCCCUAACUACAAUACUUGAAUAUCUUGGCUUUAAAAUAUUGUAUACUUAUCAGAUCAGCACAUAUUUGUUUUAUAUGUUAUUGUUAUUAUUAUUAUUAUUAUUAUUAUUAUUAUUAUUGCCAUUUAUAUAGCGCCAACUGAUUCCGUAGCGCUUUACAAUAUAUGAAAGGAGUCAAUGUGUUUGCUAAAUAUUAAUAUCAUAAAAUAUAAAAACAAAAUGAUCUGUACACUCCAAAUAAAGUUUAAAAGAGUGCUCACUAACAACACUAUAAGAUUAAGUGAAUAGAAACAUAGAAUGUGAUGGCAGAUAAGAACCAUUUGGCCCAUCUAGUCUGCCCAAUUUUCUAAAUACUUUCAUUAGUCCCUGGCCUUAUCUUAUAGUUAGGAUAGCCUUGUGCCUAUCCCACGCAUGCUUAAACUCCUUUACUGUGUUAACCUCUACCACUUCAGCUAGAAGGCUAUUCCAUGCAUCCACUACACUCUCAGUAAUCUAAUACUUCCUGAUAUUAAUUUUAAACCUUUGCCCCUCUAAUUUAAGACUGUCCUCUUGUAGUGGUAGUUUUUCUUUUUAAAUAUAGACUCCUCCUUUACUGUGUUGAUUCCCUUCAUGUAUUUAAAUGUUUCCAUCAUAUCCUCCCUGUCUCGUCUUUCCUCCAAGCUAUACAUGUUAACUUCCUUUAACCGUUCCUUGUAAGUUUUAUCCUGCAAUCCAUGAACCAGUUUAGUAGCCCUUCUCUGAACUCUCUCCAAAAUAUCAAUAUCCUUCUGGAGAUACAGUCUCCAGUUCUGCGUACAAUACUCCCAAGUGAGGUCUCACCCUUUGCCUAAUGAUCUAGUAAAACUUACAAUUAGAUAUAGUAAAUGAAGUAGAUGAAUCCCAAGGUCCUAAAAAAACUUGUGUAAUGAUGGAUAACAGUGUAAAACUCAACCAUGAACCUCAAAUGGCUUAUUGUCAUACAAAAUACCAAGUGAGUUCAAGUUUAAAUGACGCACUUACAAGACAGCCAAAUUUUAGAGCCUAGGUCUGGUCCAGAGCUUCUUGGUUAUAUUUAUUUCUAUAUAAUAUCGGUAAAACAAAAAGAGAGCCAGAAAACAGUGCAAUAUAUUUUAAAACCAACAAAUAUAAUAAUGAUUGCACUUACGAGACAGAUAUAAAAACAAGCUCCUCGCCACUGGUAUGGUAUGCACCCCUCUGUAGUAGGGUGAUAAAUUCAUCCACCAAGAAUGUAGAAGUGGUGUAAACUGAAUCGAAAAAAUGAAAUCUGUAACCGCACAGUCCCAACGCUUUUCGUCUUAUGGUGGACUUCAUGAUGUUUCCUCUGCGAUAGUCCAAUCCAAUGCUUCUUAUGAGAGAUGCACCCAUUUAUAUAAGCUAAUGAUAGGGAAAAAUGAAAUGCAAUUCUUUCCAGUGAGCUGCAUUUAAUAAUGUUCAUUGUCCUCAUGGGUGUCAAACAUCACAUUAACGAGUUUCACUCGGUUGUUGCACGGGCAGCACCUCUAGUGGCUGUCAGGAAAACAGCCACCAGAGAUGCUUUCUAGAAACUGCAAUGUUUUCAUUGCAGGGUUAAAUAUUGCAGGGUUAAACCUACAGGGCUACUGCACCCAGACCACUACAUUGAGAUUAAGUUAUCUGGGUGCAUUUAGUGGUCCUUUUAAAACUGUCAAAGGCAUGCUAAUUUUAGGUAAAUAUAAUAAAAUUUGAAACAUUCUCCUCCUACUUUGGGGCUUCUCCAUGAAACCCAACUGUAUUCGUUGGAAAGUCAAAGUGAAUUUCUUGCCAAAAUGUAAACAUUCUCUAAGUCAGCUAUGUUUUCAAGUCAGAAAUUUUGGCCUAAACUGUGAAAUUGACUUUGAAUUCCUCCCAAUUCACACCUUUGUGAUUUACCCUGUUAGAGUAAAUCGGCCCGAAAUAUUGUCAAUAAAACUGAGAAAUUAGGAAUUUGUGCUUGUAAAAUCUGGGUCUGUUCUUAGAAUAUCAUAGCUAACAAUUUCUUUUCUAAUAGAUGAUGGAAAGAUUUUCCACGGCAGCGGGGUUGGAGAUCCAUUCGGACCACGCUGUUAUAAGGGAGACAUUAUGGGCUGUGGAAUCAUGUUUCCUCGGGAUUAUAUUCUUGACAGUGAAGGUAUAAAGUUCAUUUGCAUUUGCUGUUGUUUAGGGAAUUUAUCUCCUCGUCUAUCUUAACAUUAACUUAGAAAGAAACCAAACUGAAAUAAAAUGGUAGCAAACACAUUGUAUGGCUUUAGGAUAUGACUCUUCCCUGAUUCUUCCUUCUCUAGGAGAGAGCGACGACAGCUGUGACUUGAAGGAACUAAGGUUGCAACCUCGCGGGGUUAAGAAUGUUAUGUACCUUAGGCGAGAGCUACACCAGGAAGAGGAUGGAGAGGAAGAAGAGGAGGAGGAAGAGGAGGAGGAGGAUCUGGAGAGAGAGCAUGAAGGCAGGAAAGUUGUGGUAAGGUCAACAGUUCAACUUCAUUAAGCUCUGAAUUGGGUUGAAUUGGAAACCAAAUUGCAAAAAUAACUGAUUUGGAAAAGUUACAGCAUGGCUGUUUUUAGUAUGAAUUUUACAAUUUUAGUUUUCAGUUCAUUCAAGUGUUUUCUGUACAUGUGUGGAUUUACUCGGCUCUUUAAACUCCCAAUAAUUUAUAAAUGUAAUCUGCUAGUUUUUCUGAUUGAUAAUGUAAGAGAGAAAAUAGUUUGUAUGGUGAAGUAUGUAGGAGAUGCCUUUUUAAAGGGACAUUCCAAACACCAGAAUAUGAAGAAACAAGUGUAGUCCAACAAGCCAUGAUGGUAAUAGUCUUUGGAAACUGAGGCGAUGAGCAGGAAUCUGAAGGUUCAGAACGAGCACUGUGCAGGUCAACUGGGAACAGACGAAGGUGAAACAGGAGGAAAACAUUGCGGGUGAUACUAGCAGUAAAGACUACCAGGAAAUCACUGGCAGUACUUGGAACUUAUAUUGGUCUUAGACAUAUUGGAGCACCAGAUUGCAAGUGAGUGUCCUGUCACAUCACCUCUUCUGGUGCUACUGCAUUGUACAUUUAGCAUCCUGUCGAGCAGUGAGAAUGUGUAUUCUGGUGAUUUAAUUGCAAUAUACUGAAAUUUGCUCACUCAAGCAAUGGCCCAGGACCUCCACUUCUGGGUCUCCAAAUGUGGAUAAAAGAAUGUUCUUUACCACCAAUUCUGUGAAUCGAGUUUUGUCCUGCGAUAUCUAAAACUGCGAAGCUACAUAUUUUGAAACCUAAUGUGCCCCAUACCUCCCCAAGCUUUAAUAAUCGUUAUCCGUGUUAUCGCAAAAUAAACUUCUUUCAUGGCCCUGGUGUUAUUGACCAAUCUGUUUUUCGGUACUCUGGCAGUACAUUUUUUGUGUUGGGGAUCUGAUAUGAGGUUAUUUGAAGAACCCUUAAUUCAAUAUAUAAGUAGAGAAAGUGAAAAAAUAGAUUAUUUCUGCUGUUUUCAUCCUAAAGUAAAAUAAAAAGCAUUCAUAGAAGCAGCUAAAACAACAAUCUUUCAUUAGAAAUAUACACACUCUUCACAUGCCAGCACUCAAAAUAUAUUAAAUGUUAUAAGUACAGUGGUACCUCGGUUUACAAAUGCCUCGGUUAACAUAAUUUACAAAAAUCUAUUGAAAAUAAUGGCUCGGUUUACAAUUUAUUUUUCUCUUUUUUUGCAAUACAAAGCAAGUUUCCCCAGGAUGCAUUGCACCUGGGAGGUUUAUAGCACCGCCCCCUGCAUGCUGGAGUCUGUGGGUAGCAUGUGGCGUCGAGUGUGGAGGUGUUGGAGCAGCUUUUGCAUGAAGUUUUGGAGCCAUUCUGGAAAUUGCUUGCAGUUGUUUUGGGACUUUUUGGUGCAUUUCUCAAGCGGUGGAAAGAUAGGGAGCUUCGCCGUUUGCAUGCCUUUUAUUGUGUGUUCUGCAUUGUGGGUUGGUUUCCAUGCUAGCUCAUUUUGACUAUUUUCUGACCUUCAGAACGGAUUAAUUGGUUUUCAGUGCAUUUUUAUGGGAAACCACGUUUCGGUUUUAGAAUUUUUCGCAAUACGAAACGUCCAGGAGAACACAGUAUGUUGUAUCCAGUGUAACUCAAAUAGAAGCAAACCUACAGAGGGAACCUCCAAUAGUGAAGUACCACAACUAAUUGUUAAUAUAAAACCACACAAACGAUUGAGAGACCCCCUAUAUCAACAUAUUGUGAACUCUCAUAAAGAGUUUUAUGCUGUAUGCACAUAAACACUACCCACAAUGCAUUGGUUGUCGACAGGGUGAUCCGGGGAGAGAGAUGUGUGAUUGCCGCAAGUACAGUAACCCUUUCAUCGCCUGUUAUAAAUGUAAAGUAAUUUAUGUGAGCACUUCUAGUUAAAACACACAAUAUGAUGUUAUAUUUUACUAUUUUGUGUGCUUUUAUUACCAAUAGAUACUGGUUCUUCAUGAUAGAUGGUUUACUCUGGGUCUAUUUGAGGUUCACUGAAAAUAAUUUGUAAAAAGGAGUUUUGAGAAAACUACAAUUAUAAUGUGUAACCAAAGCAGUUCAUUAGAUGGAAUCUGAUCUUACUGUGUGCAAUACGGAUUAACAUUUGAUGACUUUUUUUCAUAUAGUUCAAGUACUGACAUGUAAAGAGUCAAGAUCCCUUCUUCCAGUUUCAACAGAUCUACACUUUACAAAAUGAUCUACAAUAACCCACCGAAUGACUAAGUAUAAUUUACAAUCUUGAUGACUAACCACAGCUGGCUGAAUAUCGUGAGAAAAAAAUGUCCACAUCUUUUGCAACCUCGGAUAGCAGUCAAUGUGCAUGUCUCAAAACCCCAAUUUUAUCUAAUGAUGGGUUUAGAUAGAUAACCUAUAGCCGUCUUAUAAUAAUACAUAGGGUACUUUCAUCAGCUACUGAAAAAACAUCUGGAACAUGAAAUGCUCUUUCAAAUCCCCAGGUGGUUUUGAUUUUUGCAAAAUGCUUUGUGGCUGCAGCAAACACUGGCCUUUGUAAGAGCAUUGUGUGCUGUGGUCAACUGAUGUUGUUUAACAGAGAGUUGAGGAAUGUAAUCGGGUAAAGGAGGAAUCUCAGGUAUGCGUCUUGAGUGCUCCAAUGCCGCUAACAAGCAAGAUUGUAUGCGUAUCGCCAGCCAGACCAUGUUGGGUGUAAGCUAGUAAUUAACUUGUUUGCAAAGAAAAUGUUUCAGGAUUCUAAGGACAAAGUUGUGUUCUACAGUGAUUUGCUUCAGGGGAAUAGAGACAAAAAGCAAAUGGAAAGCACACAACAUGAAAUUUUCUUUUCAAAUAGACAUUUAAUGAUAUUAACGCUGCUCUGUAGCCUAAGCAAGUAAUAUUUUUAUCUUGCCUUGGGAUGUAGUGUUAGCAGGUUCUACCAUACACAGGGUUCUUGCAGUUGUGUUGCAAGGUUUGGUAGAUUCACUGCUGUUUUAGAGAAACUUCUCCCAUUCUGGCUCUAAAGACAGAUCUACUCCUUAUCCCCCAUUUUCCCCAGUUAAGGUGAAAUAAUACUUUUCAGUUGCAUAAAUUAUACUGAUUUGUGACUUUGUAGAGAAAAAUCCCACUCCAGUUAUUGUGCAAAAUUGAACGAGGAACACCGCAUUUAAGGCUAAAUUUAGCUGAAAUUCUAAAAAGUCUCCAGUUCUUCGAUUUUUCUAUUAGUUCUUUUAGAAUAAAAUUUAAAGUUUCCUUGUAACUUUUAAGUUUCUCAGCAUAUUUUUCUACAAUAUGAACAGAAGGUGUGAUGCCUGCAUUGCUUUUUCCUCAGGUUUUCUUCACGCGAAAUGGGAAGAUCAUUGGGAAGAAAGACUCUGUGUUACCUCAAGGGGGCUUCUACCCAACCAUAGGAAUGCUGAGCUCUGGGGAAAAAGUAAAGGUGGACCUGCAUCCCUUGAGUGGAUGAAAACCAACAUAAAAGCAGAUAACAUCCAUGCAAAAGAAUACACUGCAUCAUUUUGCCAUCAUCCUCCAUUACACCGACAUCCUCGUCAUGCACGAUUUGCACGUGGGCUUGUGAUAGUGCUUCUUCGUGUCUGGAAACGUGUUUCUGUGCCCCUGCCUGUGAGUUUGGGGUCAGUAUUGCUUCAUGCCUGUAAAUGUUGAUAAAGCAGGAGACACAGUAGAAAAGGAAACGAGACAUCCGCUAUAAAGACCAUCUUAUAGCAGUUAAUAUAGUUACUGUGACAGGUAUCAUCAGGUAGAUAAUUAUCUAGUUUGAUCUCACAGUACGUAUCUUAUACUUAGACCCAUAGUUAAACGUAACACAAUGCAAUUAGUGGAGUGAUGGCUAACCUUUGACACCAUAAAUUGUUUCUGGGCUGCAUUUCCCAUGAUGCUCAGCUAGCUUUUAGACUCUAAAAGCUAGCUGAGCAUCAUGGGAAAUGUAGUCCAGAAACAAUUUAUGGUGUCAAGGUUAGCCAUCACUGAAUUAGUGUGAACCAAAGUCAUUGCCUGUUUUUAAUGGGACUUUGAAUAAUUUGUACACAGACCUUAUAGUAAAUGUGUAAACGAGUACACUUUUUUUCACUCUAUUCAGGAACAUACUUGCAGUUUAGUAUUCAGAUCAAAGUAAUUCUUUGACAUUAUUGUUAUUUUUAUAAUGUUUACAAAAAAGUGCAACCUAUCCUCUUCCUAGGUUUAAUUAAAACCAAUUCAGAUAUGGUUACACAUAUAUUUACAGAAUGACAAAUAGGCCUUAAGGGAUAGUUUACCUAUUUGAAAUAUCUCAUUUUAGGUAUAGAUCACCUUGCCUGGGAGGUUACUGCUUAUAAUAGAACACUGAAACUAUACUUUAGUGAAAUAGUUUAGCCUGGUGUAAAAUAUACACUACAUUGCUUUAUAUCUGCCAUUAAUCAUAAAAAUAUACAGGUCUAUGAUUGGCAGUUUGAGUAGCUCUUGUUGAGCGGAAGAAGAAUUGACCUGUUCUAGUGCUGCAGUGGGCUGUGUAAAGUUAAAAUUUGUCUAGGUGUCCUAUUUGAAUUUAUCAGCAGUAGUAACUAUUAGAAUUGGAGGUCAAUUCAUCAAUGACAGAUAUUUGGAUAUUUUAAGGCAGCUUGGUUGGAGUCGUACCAUACAAUAUGUCUGAGAUGUACUCGAGUGAGACUCACUUUCCUAAUGUUUUGGGGGGAAAGUCUAUCAAUACAUUGUGUACUGGGCUCCGGUAGCCCAAACUUUAGUUUAGCUACCAACAUGCACAUUUCAAGAGAGGCUUGGCAAUCUUUAAAAUAAAUCAUUAAAUAUACUGUAAUGAUCAAAAAGAUUUGUCACAUCAGGACAACUCGAAUAUACCCCCUUAAACAGGGCUGUUUAACUUGAAACAUCACAUAAUAUCUUUUGGAACAAAGCAUGUUCCCAUAGGAGGCCUGAAAUGAAAGUAUAGGGUUAAUGCUGCCAAACCUUUUUAUAUAGAGGCCGUGAGUGGCCAUACCAACUGAGUUAAACUUUUUACUUUUUUCUUUCCAUAUUUUAAUCUGUUACUAGACACCAUUUCAGUCCUUAUCUUCAGACCUGAGAACUACACUACAACUUAGGUCUUACCACAAAUCUAUGGAAAGUGGCAUAACUACCUCAUUAUUUCUGCUGCUAAUUAAAUUUAAACCCAUGCUGGCUUCCUCUCACUGUCAACCUAUGCUAUGAAACAGAUCUUGUGUGGCUAACAGGACUUAUAAUGGAUCUUGUUUGCCACAACAUUCCUUGACUUUAAAUCUAAUUUUUCUUGUACAAUGUUCACUUUACAACCAAAACUACAAGCCAAAGAUACAUUGUCAGUAGAAUUGUACUGUCGGAGUCAGUCUUUAAAUAGUAAAUAUUAGGGUAAUGUUCGGGACCUCUGGAAAAUUACACGUUUUAAAUCCUCAUUUUCCUGAACCAUUUGAAUUUUUAAUUAAUCAUAUUGAAAGGAUCUAUUUCUAAUUGGGAAACAUUAAAUACAGUAAGAGCUAUCGUCACCUGGGAUAUGCCCCUGCUCGACAGAUCCAAAGUUAAGAUUAUCAGACUAUAUAUGUUUUUUUUUUUUUUUGUUUUUUCUUUUUCAAAUCAAGACGUGUGGGGUAUUAACAAGAGAAUUUCAAGUUUUGGACAAAACAAAGCUGUUAACAGAGCUCAGUUGAUUUUACUCUCUCUUUGUCAGUUUUAUUUUUGGCCAAGUGUUUGCCAAGUGUCUGCCAUUUUUUUGGUGUUAAUAAACCUAUUCCAUUAUAUCGUGCGGGGAUAUAUACUAUAUAUUUUUUGGUCUGCUGUUAGAGGUAUUUUGUUUUGGCUAGUAUACAUUCCAUAUUGGUUUUACAGAAGAUUACUUAGCCCUAUUACUGACCAAAGUAUUAGCACUUCAGUUUUGGUAUAACAUAGUUAUGACUAUUUGUUGUUUUUUUUUUAUGGGCGUAUGUUGGGAGCAGCAUAUGUCUUGUAACAUUGUCAUAUAUAUUUGCACUUUAACAUUUAAUAGUGUUUAUUAUUUUGUUAUGUGUCACUAUUGUUUGCAAUAUCAGUUUCACUUAAUGUGUGAUGUCAUACAAAUCUAUUAUAGCUAAUUGACAGCAAAAUCAAAAGUUUUGAGUAUCAUACUUACAUAAUGAUGUGGGAGAGGAGUUGUACUCCUAUUAAUCUUAAUGAGGUGGACCCUCCCACUCAUUUACUAAUAUUAUUUUAGUUGAAGUUUCACUGGAACACUGCAGAAUAAAGGGUGCAAUUUAAAGAAUGUGUUAAACUAAACGGUCAGAUGUGCAUUUAUUAAUCCUAUGUCGUUUAUCCUUUUCAAUAUCACAAUGGGCUAGCUUUUUUUUUUAAGUUAUACAUAAAAGAUGUCUGGUAGUUACCUGGCCCUACUUUUAAAGGGAAUUUGGGAAUGUAGCCACUUCUACAAUCAGUGGAAUAUCUUUACCAGUUUCUCCAAAGGCAUUAUGUUUUUAGACAUUGUUUUAGUUCACCAACAAAGUGGCAAGUUAAACUUAAGCGAAGCAACCAAAUGUAAGAUCAUUUUACUUUCAUCCACAUGAAGAUAUGCCAGAGAGGUUCUUAUUGGUGUCCGUCACCUGUAUAGUCAGUCUUUUCUUGAAACCAGAAAUGUAUUUAUUUUAAGUUAAUAUUGCCAGCACUUAGAGCUUAACGGAAAGAAAGCAAAGUAGGCCAAACUGCAAUAUGUGAAGAAUCAAUAGAUGGGAGUUUUUAGGAGCGUAGAAUCUUCUUUCCAUUCUCUGUGUCUUCUCGCUGCCCAUUCACUUCCAUACUUCUCUGGCCAUUUUGAUUAUGUAACGGUUCCACGGAAUUGCACUAGAACAUACCCUAAUGUCUGUACAUAUUCAAUAUACAUGUUUAUACAUAUAUUAAAGACACAGAUCUCUAUUUA